AUGGCCGCCUUCUCCGGGUAUUCGCGGGUUUCUUCUUGUGAGUCGCGGGAGACGCAGGACGACGAUGAUAGCGGCCUUGCGGAGGACGUGGGGGACGUCAACUGGGUGGAGCUGAUCUGCGUGUCCCGGUGGGCCGAAACUCGCCGCCGCGAUGUGCGCAAGGAGGUCGACGACCUGGCCAACCUGCGGCACUGCGCUUCGUUGCACCUGGCGCAGCGCGAAUUCGCGGCUUUGAAGGCAGCGGCUGAGGCCAAGGAGGUGGACCUGCCGGCCAAGAUGCAGCUUGCAAAGGACCUCUGCGAAGCGCAGGAAUUCGUGACGAAGCUGACAGAGGAGAUCAGUAAGAAUUCAGCAAACUUGCUGCCCAAGGAAGACGCUGAGAGGUGGAGCGCGGAAGGCUACAAGGAGUGGAUCGACCGGCUCAACGCCUGGGAGCCGAUCGGCUGGAUCCAGCGGGUCGAGCUCCUGAACGCGGAAAGUGGCCAGAGGUACUUGAUCAAGUUCCUGGAGAGCCUGUGCUUGGACAUCCCUUGGUGCCAAGCGGAAAUUUUGCUCCAAAACAACGCUGUGCUCAUGGGGCGCCUGAGGAGUGAAAACGUGGAGCUCUCCGACUCGGAGUCUCUGCUCGCGCGCCACGUGUUCCUGCGGAUUUUGGGGCGGGAGCAGGACCUGAGCCAAGACUUCCUGGAAGGUGUGAGCACCUUGAAGUUCCAGAAGCGCAUGGGAGGCUGCGCUGCGAUCAAGGAGCUGUUUCACCACUGCCUCACCGCGCGGAAGGAGGUCUGCUACUCCGCCUCCUUCGCGGUGACCCCGGCCCUGCAGCUGUUUCACCAGGACAACCGUAUGCUGGCUUUGUCUUUGAAGGCGCUAGCGGACUCGGGGGCUGAGAGCAAGUGCUUCAACAAUCCCAUCGGCGCUGCAUUGUUGUACGAGGCCAUGCAGCAGACGGGGAUCCAGGUGCGUGUGGAAGCCAUCGUGGAUUUCUUCUUCAUCAUCCUGCUGAUUUACCUUGGCCACGAGGUCCGACAUUUCAAGAACCCGAACCUGGUGCCCAUCCUUUUGCUCACCUGCCUGGCUAUCUUCACUACGGCCUUCAACACCAUCGCCGUGGCGGCAGGCAUUCAGCUGUACUCCAACCGCCUAGACGGUUUCCUGGCGGCGGUGUCCAAGCACCUGACGCUCUGGAACAUGAUACUCUGCUCUACGGACAUCUUCUCGGCCUACAUCAUAGCAAGGUUCCUGUAUCAGCUGCUGCUAAACAUGCAGAAGCACAGUUCCUUCGGAGCAGAAUGCGUCAUGGACGAGAACGGGGAGUACCCCGAUGCCUGCUACAUCUUCCGGCACCCCAACUUCUUCUCCAUGCUGGUGCUGUUCCGCUGGACCCACGCGGGCCUGGCGGUGCUGCAGAUGCAGCGCAUCGGGGUCCGCAUCGUGCCGGUGGUGCACGCGGUCUCGCGCCCGGCCUCGCUCUUCUUCAUGGUCUUCCUGUGCAUGGUGGUGCUGGGCUCCUUCCACGCCUACUUCGUGUUCCCCCUGCCCGACAACGACGCGGACUCCUUGGACGGCUUGCUGGAGACGUUUUUGAAGAUCUUCCGGCUGGAGAUUCUGAGCGACUUCGACCUCAACGAGCUGGAGGGCCUGGACCCUCAGAUCAUUGCCAAGAUGACGGGCAAGGGGGGCAUCACCGGGUCCAUCGAGGACGAGGAGGGGAGCCACUUCUACCACCGGGGCAUCCGGGGGGAAUUCGUGAUCUUGUCGGUGCUGGUGACGGUGGUGGCCAUGAACGUCUACAUCGGAUUGCUGAGCGAGCUCUACGAGGCGGCAGAGCAGCAGAGCAACCAACUCUUUAUGCACUUCACAGCUGAAGUGAGAUAUCGCCACCUCUCCCGGCUGGCGCUCUGGGAGACAGUGACCUGCCAGAGAGAGGAGCGCAGAGACAGCAAGGGCUUAUUGUGGCUGUCCUACAACAGUAAGCGUGUCAAGGAUCCUCGCUGA